AUGGACUGGAAUGCGACAACAUCGUCUGCCAAUGCAACUAGUUGUGGUAAUCUGGAUAUGAGAGGCAUGGCACAAGCACUCCAUGACGACUUGAGUCAGGCUCACCAUGACCGUGAAUCGUUACAAGAACAGUUGGCUGAAAGGGUUGAGAAGCACUCAGAGAUAUUGAUGGAGAAUAAGCAGCUACACAAGAGAAUAGCCACUUUGCAGCAGCAAAUGACAUUUGCGAUCGAGGCACAAACACGUCUGGAGACUGAUUAUUAUGCAAGAGAACAAGACCUUGAGGAAUUCAAGAAGACCGUAGCCCAAUUGACACGUGAAAAGAAGGAAGUCAUCAAGCAGCUGGAAUCCGAGCAAGAAACCUUUGAGUAUCAGCAGCAACGAUGGCUUCAGAAGGAAGAAUCCCUUAACAAGCAGAUCCGCAAAUUGAGUAGCCAGGCAACCACUACUGCAGCCAGCUGUAAACGACGACUGCCAACAAGCCCAAAGUCAUCACCCUCAGAAUAUGACAACAAAAAGAUGUCACCUUCGCCUCGUCAACAACGAGUAGUGAGUCCCGCUGCUGAAAAGACCAUCACCAAACUCAAAUCACAGCUUGCAAAUUUGGAGAAACAAUAUGCUGAUCAGCACCAGUAUCAGUUAGCGUGUAUCAACCAUCUUGAAGAACAAUUGGCAAGCGCACGUCAAAUGAAUGAAUCAUUGAUGGAAGACAACGAGAGCUAUCAGCUUUUACUACAUGAAAAGACCAUGAAUGGCGAAAUCCUUGCAGCUUCGCGUGCAACCAUGGAUACCGAGAGCUCGGAUACAAGGGGGAUAAACCUGGCAGAUGAACUUGGAAACGCUAAUUACAUUCAAGAGCAAGAGAGCUCGCUUUAUGAUGAAGUACGAUCACUCAAGGACACCAAUCGUGCGCUCCAACUCUACCUCAACAAGAUAUUGAUGAAAAUUAUUGACAAUGAAAGCAUGCAGCACGUUCUCAGUGUGGAUGAUAUCCCUGCAACAUCAAAUAUACAUCCUCCAAAACAGCAUGAUAUCACGAUCCAGCCACAAUCAUCCACGAGUACCAUACCAAAAGUGAUGCGUUCAUCUUUUUCAACCGGCUUGCUGAGCAAAUUCCUUUCAAAAAGGCUACCGCUAUCACAACAAACGAGGGAUAUCAACAUCAAUGUAACCGAAGAAGCAAUACCGGUGAAUACUGUAGAUGAUGGGAAAGAUGUAAGCUGUACACGAUGA